GAUAAACUGUCAUGUUUUGUUAAUCAAAUGAUAACGAAAACGAGACGCUUGUUUUGUUAAUUUUUACAUAAAAAUAUGUUCACAUGAGCUUAUUACCCACUGAAUUAAGAUAAGUUUUGAUUGUACUACAAGUUGGUGUUACUUUAGUUACUGUUAAUAUUGUAGUUACACAAAAACAGGCAUGGAUUUAACCGAGGACAACAUUGCAUUAAGUGAAGAUGAAGAAGAAGAAAUUACGGCUGAUGUAGUGCUAAAAACUCUUCAAAGUGCUUGGCAAAACGAGAGGUUGGCUCCAGAAAUACUACCACAUCGUAAUGAUAUGGUAGAAUGUAUGCUGGGACAAAUUCAACACAUGGAGCGCAACAUAAACAAACUUCCCAAAACAGAUCUUCGCGCCACAAUCCAUAAGAUGGAAUUAAGCAGGAUAAAGUUUAUAAUAUGCAAUUAUCUUAAGACUAGAUUAAGUAAAAUAGAAAAGUACUGUAUACCAAUAUUAAACGAAGAAAGACAAAGACUUGAAUCUGGGACCAACUUUCUAACCCCAAUGGAAUACAAGUAUGCUCAAGAAUAUCUAUUAAAUAUGGAAAACCAUAUGAAGACUGUGGUUCUAGAUAAAAUGCCUGGUAAUAUGCAAAUGUUUGAAACUAACAAAAUGGCUGUACAUCCGAACAUGCAAAGCCAUGUGUUUUUGAAAGCUAAUGAGACUAUAAAUGGUGUUGUGCUGGAAGACCUGGCCGGCGAGGAUGAAGAGAUAGAUUUAGAAGAGGGAUCACAACAUAUUCUGCAGUACAAACCCAUAGCGGACCUUGUUAAAAAUGGAAAAGUGCAACUUAUUUGAAAUAAAAGUAAUUUACUUGAAAUAUUA